AUGGCCCAAGAUAUGGUCACCGUGGCUCGACCACCAUGCACUUUUCUGACUGCCAAGGCUUCAUGGCUCGACAAUCGACCACACCUCCAUCCAGCGACCCUCCACCAGCCGUCGUCUCCUCCGACCAUCGUCCGGUCGAGUUGUGGCCAACACCGUCUCGCUCGCAACCGGCCCUCUCCCGCCACAGCUCUCGAACCACCGCUAGCAAGCAGAUGGCGAUUGGAGCGGAUUUCUGGCGAGAAGACGAACGGUGACCUGUCAACUCCGACCUCCGACCUCCAGCGACAGCGAGCCUCGAUUUCACCUCUGAGCUCUGGCCUCGGGCCAUCCGCCGGCAAGAGCACCAGGCCUCAACGACGGGAUUUCCGGGAGAGCAGCACCAGUCCGGCGGGUUCCAGGCGCCUGAGAUCGUGCAACCGAGAGCGGGAAAACGCCGGCGAAGAGCUUCAGUUCCUGACGGCUGAAGAGACCAAGCGCGGCUGUCGAAGGCUGACCCUUCGCGACGAGUCGAGCAGCCCUGCCAGCGGACGAGAGCAGACCAACAGCAGUCGGGAUGCAAGAGCUUACAGCAGCGGGUUUCGAGCACCGCCUGACGAACAGAGAGGUCAGCUGAGAGCAGACGGGGCAUGGUCGGGAGCAGCAGCAGGCCGGGCCAUUUCCGAGAGUGCCCGAGAGCAGCCAGGAGGGAAACGAGCCUCUUUUUCGGCUUUGUUUCGAGUCCCGAAAGAGCGUGUACGCCGGUGGAGACGACGACAGAGAGUCCGGUGUGUUCAAGAGUGUACGGAGUCGCCGGAAAACAACUCGUUGAAGCAGGUGGUCGGAGAUGGCGUGACUGGCGGCGGCUGUGGGCUAUGGCAGAUCUGGUCUGAAUGUUGGCAACGAAGGGACCUUCGGGACUGUUGCGGCGGUGGUUUGGUGGCGGAUGUCGGGGGUUGCCGACGGAAAUGA